AGACGCACCAAGCGACCGGGCCGUCCUCGCCGGUGCUUCUCUUAUCGGUGUAAACCCGCCUCGUCCCCGCUCCCGCGCCACCGCGCCCCGCCCCGCCGCCGGGCCCAACGUCUCUCUCGAAGCGCGUCUUGAAACGUGUUGGGUCAUCGUAACGGUGUGGCGGAGGCCCGCGGUGCCCUGCCUGCCCUGCCAGUGCUCUGGAGCCCGGCCGGCGCUCGGAGCUGUGCACUCACACAUGCCGGACCUGUCCUCCGACGGGCCAUCUUGAGCCUCCACUCCAGCAUCCCGUCAGCUGGACCGCGCAGCAGGAGCAGCAGGAGAGGGGACCUCCACCGGCUGACCUUUGCUAUCGCCACCACUGUCAAGUGUGCUCAACGUGUCAAUGCAGAGAUAAGCGGGCCGCGACCCCUGUGUGCCUCUCUAGGCGCGCGCGGAGCCGACUGACGUUGCGUCGAAGUUGAGCGAGAAUUAUUAAUAGUGGAAUAGUGUUUGUUUUUAAACAUCAACAUGGUGGAAGUCAACAGAAAGCUACUGCCUGUCAAGGCACAUUUCUUCUUUUUUAUGGCCUCUAUGGGGCCAAUAUUACCCUUCACUAUUGUUUUUGGAAAACAGCUAGGAAUAUCAGAAAUUGUAAUGGGGACUGUAUCGGCAGUCCUACCGCUAUUGUUCCUGGUGGCCAAACCAGCUUUUGGAUAUCUAGCUGACUACUUCCAAAGACAGAGAAAAUUACUUUUUAUGUCAGUAAUUUGUAUUAUGUGUGGAGCACACAUAUUACUAUAUUUUGUCCCAGCUGCUCCCAUUCGUCCAUUUUCUGUUAAUGAUAUAACAUGUGAAGAGAUUAAUUCAUGCCACAAAAAGGGUAACUACACUGUUAGAGAAGAAAAUUCGAUGUUGUAUAACUGCACAUGGUCUGCUAACACAAAACAUAUACAAGUCGAAAGAAAUAUCUUGACUCCAGAAAAAUGUUCAAUAGCGUCAAAAGUAAAUGUCAGUGAUCUGUGUCAAAAUAAUACCUCAAAUGCUUAUGAUAUUAUGUGUGAGCCAGUCCAUACUGACCCAUACUUGUACUCAACGGUCACAUUUUGGAGUUUUGUAAUUCUAAUGGCUAUAGGAAGCAUCGGCUAUAAUGUUGCAAAUAGUAUAAGUGAUGCAAUCUGCUUUGAUGUAUUAGGGGAAGGUGGAGAGAUGGGAUAUGGGCGACAACGUGUUUUUGGAGCUAUUGGAUUUGGUUUAUCAGCACUUCUAGCUGGGUAUGUCAUUGACCUCUUCUCAACAGACGACAGCAUGAAAAACUACGCUCCUGCAUUUAUUCUGACAUUAGCUUUUGGUUUACUGGAUAUAUUCACUUGUACUCGACUAAAGCUUCCUAAACUUCCAAAAUCUGAAAGCAUUCUUGGUGAUGUUGCAAGUCUUCUUAAACACCGACACAUUGUGGUAUUUUUAAUAUUUGCAACAUUUGCCGGGAUUUGUGACAGUUUCAUUAUAUAUUUCAUGUUCUGGUACUUGGAGGAUUUAGCUAUGGCAUCGGGAGCAAUGUCUCAUGUGAAGCUAAUCGAAGGUCUAGUCAUAGCAGCCGAAACUCUUGGGGGUGAAGUUAUCUUUUUCUCCUAUGCAGGAAAAAUGAUUGAGAAAUUAGGGUACGAGCAUUGUCUCUCUUUAAGUUUUGUAUUUUAUGCUCUCCGAUUGGGAUUGAUAUCACUAGCAAACAACCCUUGGUGGCUCCUUCCUACUGAGUUCUUCCUUCAAGGACCUUCGUUUGCACUUUGUUACACUACAAUAGUUGCAUAUGCUAGUGCUGUUGCACCACCUGGAACAUCUGCAACCAUGCAAGGACUUGUUGCAGGAAUGGAUGAUGGCUUUGGGUAUGCAAUUGGAAGCUUAGCUGGUGGUGUCUUAUACCAAUGGUUUGGCGGAUCAUGGUCUUUCCUUAUGUACAGCGGUUUAGCUUUGGCAUGUGCAGUAGCUCAUUUUGCUCUUCAUAUAUUUUUCCUUAAAGUGCCAAGCAAACCAACAGGUAAGAAAAUACAUUUUCCUAACUGGUUCAAUAAAGCUUCAAAAUUGUUGGAUAAUGGGAGGCUUUGUUCACAUUCCAGCAGACACAUGUAGCACAGAUUACCAGGUAGUUUCACAAAAAGCUACCAACGAUUCCAAAUCUGAUUCUAACGAGUCCAGGUAAAAAAUGUUCAUCCAGAACUCUUGAGAGGUAGAUGUUAACAUGAGUACAAAAUAUUAU